AAUAUUCUCCGGGGAGAGGGAGAGCGGCAGCCUCCUCCCGCGGCCGGGGAGCGGCACGAGAAGCGGAUUUAAGGAGCAUCUUGGCCCCUUUGUUGGGUGAGAAGGACGGGCAAGGAGCGGCAGGAUGAGCACCAGCAUUCCCUACCAGCAGAGCCCCUACAGCUCCGGGAGCAGCUCCUCUGCCAUCCAGUGCUACCGCUGCGGGGACACCUGCAAGGGAGAGGUCGUGCGCGUGCAGAGCAACCACUUCCACAUCCGCUGCUUCACCUGCCAAGUGUGUGGCUGUGACCUGGCCCAGUCAGGUUUCUUCUUCAAGAACCAGGAGUACAUCUGCACCCAGGACUACCAGCAGCUCUACGGGACCCGCUGCGACAGCUGUGGGGACUUCAUCACCGGCGAGGUCAUCUCUGCCCUGGGCAGGACCUACCACCCCAAGUGCUUUGUCUGCAGCACCUGCAGGAAGCCGUUCCCCAUCGGGGACAAGGUGACGUUCAGCGGGAAGGACUGCGUGUGCCAGAACUGCUCCCACGCCCUGCUCAGCACCAAGCCCAUCAAGAUCCACGGGCCCAGCCACUGCGCUGGCUGCAAGGAGGAGAUCAAGCAGGGCCAGUCCCUGCUGGCCCUGGAGAAGCAGUGGCACGUCAGCUGCUUCAAGUGCCAAACGUGCGGGGUCAUCCUCACCGGCGAGUACAUCAGCAAGGAUGGCAUCCCCUACUGCGAGUCCGACUACCACGCCCAGUUCGGCAUCAAGUGCGAGACCUGCGACCGCUACAUCAGCGGCCGUGUCCUGGAGGCAGGAGGGAAGCACUACCACCCCACCUGUGCCAGAUGUGUGCGCUGCCACCAGAUGUUCACAGAGGGAGAGGAGAUGUACCUGACAGGAACUGAGGUGUGGCACCCCAUCUGCAAGCAGGCAGCCAGAGCAGAGAAGAAGCUGAAGCACAGAAGGACGUCAGAAACCUCCAUCUCACCCCCUGGCUCCAGCAUUGGCUCCCCCAACCGUGUCAUCUGUGCUAAAGUGGAUAAUGAGAUCCUUAAUUACAAAGACCUGGCAGCUCUUCCCAAGAUUAAAGCCAUCUAUGAGGUGCAGCGUCCCGACCUCAUUUCCUACGAGCCCUAUCACAGAUACACGUCGGACGAGACGCUGGAGAGAUAUAGCUAUGGGGAGUCCCUGGGGACCCUCUCCCCAUACUCACAGGACAUCUACGAGAGCUUUGACCCGCGGCAGAGGCGAGCCUCCAGCCCCGGCUACAUCGACUCCCCCACCUACAGCCGCCAGGGCAUGUCCCCCACCAUGCCCAGGUCCCCCCACCACUUCUACCGCUCAGCCACCAAGAGCAAAACCAGCGAGGACAUCGCUCAGUCAUCCAAGUACAGCCCUGCCUACUCCCCUGACCCCUACUACCACUCUGAGUCCGAGUACUGGUCCUUCCAGGGCUCACCCAAAGCUCCCCGGGCCCGGAGGUUCUCCUCAGGUGGGGAGGAGGAUGGGUACGACCGGGGCAUGCACAAGAUCCAGAGUGGCAUCGGGAGGCUGAUCCUGAGGGAGGAGAUGAAGGCUCGCUCCAACUCCUACGCAGACCCCUGGACCCCCCCUCGCAGCUCGGCCAGCAGCAGGGAGGCCCUGCACACUGUGGGCUACGAGGGCUCCCUCAAUGGCUAGACACCUGUCCCAGGAGGAAUUCUACCAGAUCUUCGGCAUGACCAUGGCCGAGUUCGACCGCCUGGCGCUGUGGAAGAGGAACGAGCUGAAGAAGCAGGCCCGGCUGUUCUGAGCCAGGGCACUAUAAAUAUAUACAUACCUAUAAAUAUAUACAUAGAGAGAUCUCUAUAUGGCAGCUCUGUAUGAUUCUGGGGGCUGCACGGGCCACUGGGGCCCUCCCUGCACCCCUGAGAGUGAAUUGGAGUCUUGCAGA